AUGACCGCCCUCUAUUUGCUCUUCUCGUUUUUUCUUUUGGGCUCACUUAAUGAGAACAAAUACCUAAACGCGAAAGUAAUACAUCGUCCGAUUAAUGUAUACUAUAAAGAUUAUUCUGCACAUUUGCCAAAUGAGCAGAGAGAUAAAUUAAUGAAAAUCCUUUUGAAUAAUGAGUAUAAUGAAGAAAAGGAUGAAGUGGAAAAUAUUAUUGAUAUAAAAAAAAUAUAUGAAAAAGAAAAAGACCUAGAAAACUUAUUGAGCAAACAGACAAAUUUAUCCAAAAUAAUUAAAGAAGAGUUAAGGGGAUACCUUAAAAAAAACCGAAAAAUGUCCGUUAAAUAUGACCACGAGGAAAAAAAUGAUAAUUCUGGCAUAGAACAAAACUCGAAAAAAGGAGGGCACGUUUUUGAUGUUAACACGCACAUAGACGUUUCUAUGGACUCCAUGAGGGAACCGCUAGUCGUAAUUAAAAUACCAUCACUAAAUUUUUACGAUUUAAUUGAGAUUCAACAUGACGUAGGAAACUUAAUAAGUGUUAAUAAUGAAGAACUAUUCUACUAA